GGAGCAACAAUAAUUCGCGGAUCGUAUUGUUGCUCUCCGGUCGAGUCCCACGGGAAUGCUCAUUUUGCAUCGAAUGGCGCCGACUCUCGACGGAGAUUUCCAGCUUCGUGAGCCUUCCGGGAGACCGAUCUGAAGAUCGCGGGUGGAGCGACGGUCAUACGGAUAUGCGGAUAUGGCCUCCAACAAGAGAGCGAAGAGGGCGCGCGUCGGAUCGAAUAUACAGGCAAUAUUCAAUAAUGUAGAGGCCGACUUCCGAUGCCGAUGGGGGGACUGCAAGGAAACGAUCGAGGAUCUGGCGAAGUUUUACACUCAUCUGAGGAGACAUCUCUGGACGGGUCUGGACUACGCAAACAAUGAGCAAGCGAUCUGCCGAUGGCGCGAAUGUCUGUCAAACGCUCCCUGGACGCUCACCCACGUGCUGUACCAUGGCUACCAUGAAAAGCUCAAGAUAGCCGGCGACGCGAAGCUCGAAGCACGCUCCAAGGAAGGUUAUGUCUGCUAUUACUCCUCGGAGAGAAAACACACUGUUGACAUCUUCGACUCAUUUGAUUGCGAAUGGACGGAUUGUGAUUAUGUGCUCGAUGGCCCUGACGACUUCGACUUCCAUCUCCUCAUACACGUCCACGACUCCGUUGGCGACAAGGACCCGAACGGAAGUUCUUUCAAGUGCCUCUGGUCCAGAUGUGAUAGGCAGUCCUCGUACACAGUGCUGAAGAAUCACGUGAAGUCUCAUAGUUCACACAAAGACGCCGCCUGCUCGCAUUGCGGCUCAAUAUUCCGAUCGGGCAACAAGUUCUUCGAUCAUUUCCGCAGACAGCGUGAGGUUUCCCAAAGCAGCAGCGAAUGCCGCUAUUGUGCCAAAAAAUUCGCCAACGAUCGGUUACUGAGGGAUCACGAACGAGGGCAUAUUUCUCAUUUCAAAUGCCCGUUGUGCGACAUGACCAUGCCCAGUCCCAAUGACGUCAAGAGCCAUAUCGCAACGAGACACUCGAGCGAGAGGCCUUACGCAUGUAAGCAGUGUUCGAGUCGUUUCAAGCUGCCGCGAAAUCUCAGCACCCACAUAGAACGGGUGCAUCUCAACGUCGAUAUGCAAUGCCCCGACUGCACUCUGGUAACCAAGAGUCACUACCAAAUGCGGAAACACAGACUCACUGAGCACGAUGGUAGUCAAAGGGUCUACGCUUGUCAUCUAUGUCCUGCCAAAUUCGACAUCGAAGGCCAUCUGUUGAGUCGACAUCUGGUGUCAGAACACGAACUGCAGUGGCCAUCGGGUCAUCGACGCUUCCAUUAUGUCAGGGAUCGUGAUGGAUUAUUCCGGCUGCAAACUUUCCGUUACGAGAGCGCUGACAUCGUCGAAUUGGUCCCGAGCGGAGUGCAGCUGAAUCCCGUCGUCGCUUGUGGCAACGAAGAUGAAGAGGACCAGGAGUACGAGGACGACAUCGAUGGUGCGGUCACACCGGUUGACGGAGAGCGGAGUGCAAACACCACACCCCCAGCCACGAGCGCGGGAACGGCCCCGUCAUAGGAGCUUGUUUUAUUUUAGGAACCUGAUCGUUGGAGAGUCAGAUACUGGGAGUCGGCGGCCUCAGGUCAACUUGGCUCUUGUCCACCUUCUCAUGCCCCCAUGGAGAUGACAAGGGAUAGGUAUCAGGAAUGCGCAGCGGGCAAGCUCUACUUUGUAAAAUAAUGCCAGUCACCAACGUUCCUCCUCCCAGAGGAGAUAACCCACGGAUAAAUUAGAAAAUUCGAACACGCACAAUACAAUGGGCAUACAAUAUA